UGGUGCGCCCCAAUUAGUCACGUGAGCCGGGUCCAAGAUGGCGGCGGGGGUGGCCGGGUGGGGGGUUGAAGCAGAAGAGUUCGAGGAUGCACCUGAUGUGGAGCCGCUGGAACCCACGCUUAGCAAUAUCAUCGAGCAGCGUAGCCUUAAGUGGAUCUUCGUCGGGGGCAAGGGUGGCGUUGGUAAGACCACCUGCAGCUGCAGCCUGGCAGUCCAGCUGUCGAAGGGACGUGAGAGUGUUCUGAUCAUUUCCACAGACCCAGCUCACAACAUCUCAGAUGCUUUUGAUCAGAAGUUCUCCAAGGUGCCUACCAAGGUCAAAGGCUAUGACAACCUCUUUGCUAUGGAGAUAGACCCCAGCCUGGGCGUUGCAGAGCUCCCCGACGAGUUCUUCGAGGAAGACAACAUGCUGAGCAUGGGCAAGAAGAUGAUGCAGGAGGCCAUGAGCGCCUUCCCUGGCAUCGAUGAAGCCAUGAGUUAUGCUGAGGUCAUGAGGCUGGUGAAAGGCAUGAACUUCUCAGUGGUAGUGUUCGACACAGCACCCACCGGCCACACACUCAGGCUCCUGAACUUCCCGACCAUCGUGGAACGGGGCCUGGGCCGCCUGAUGCAGAUCAAGAACCAGAUCAGCCCCUUCAUCUCACAGAUGUGCAACAUGCUGGGCCUGGGGGACAUGAAUGCUGACCAACUGGCCUCCAAGCUAGAAGAGACGUUGCCUGUCAUCCGAUCCGUUAGCGAACAGUUCAAGGACCCUGAACAGACAACGUUCAUCUGUGUGUGCAUCGCCGAAUUCUUGUCCUUGUACGAGACGGAGCGGCUGAUCCAGGAGCUGGCUAAGUGCAAGAUCGACACCCACAACAUCAUCGUCAACCAGCUUGUAUUCCCUGACCCUGAGAAACCCUGCAAGAUGUGUGAGGCCCGACACAAGAUCCAGGCCAAGUAUCUGGACCAGAUGGAAGACCUAUAUGAAGACUUUCACAUUGUAAAGCUGCCACUGUUACCUCACGAGGUUCGGGGAGCCGACAAAGUCAACACCUUCUCUGCCCUCCUCCUGGAGCCCUACAAGCCCCCUAGCACCCAGUAGCCACCCCCAUCCCUGCUGCUGCCUUCAUACCCUCCUCUUUCCCCAUGGGGCAGAGUUUGCACAAAGUCCCCCAUAAUGCAGGGGGCCACUUAGGAGGUGGGAGGGGGUCUGUUCCCCCUGGUGGGGCCUGGGGAGGCUGCAAUGCCCCCCACCUCUUCCUGCCUCACACUCCUCAAUAAAAUAAUCUUACACAGC